AUGACAGUCAUCGCCUCAUCGACCAUCCAGGCGGACCAAUCCCAACCGUGGCAGGAGACUGAUCGGCAGGUGGAGAAAUAUUCCGCGCAUCCAGAUACCCUCACACCCGUGCUCGCCAAUGCUGUGGUUCUUCUUACAGGAAGUUCAGGAAGCUUAGGCUCGCACUGUCUAGCACAGCUAGUUCAAUCCAACCAAGUGAGCCAGGUUAUUUGUGUCCUCCGAAAUAGUCAGAGUCCUAGCCCAUCCGUUACCUUCAUCACUUGUAAUCCCACGGAUUCGCAUCUGGGACUUGACGCGAGCGAGUAUCGAGAUGUCCAACGUCGUAUCACUCAUGUUGUGCACGCUGCCUGGCCCAUGGACUUUCGUCCAGGUUUGUCGUCACUCUGUGAUCAGUUCCAGUUCCUUCGCCAUCUCCUGCUUUUCGCCUCGUGCGGAGGCGUGCGCCGGCGAUUCCUCUUCGUUUCUUCCAUUGCGGCGGUGGCCCAGCGUGGGCUCACUCCAGCCCAUGCCGGUGAAUUAAUCGAGGAGGCCUCCAUGGUCACCCAGAAGUCUGCUACCGGACUGGGGUAUGCCGACGGAAAGAUCGUUUGCGAAAAGAUCCUCGAACUGGCGGCAGCCACGUAUCCAGACGAGCUGGAGAUCGCCAUAGUCCGAGGCGGGCCUAUCGUAGGAUCUCGCGCCACAGGCAUCUGGACCACCAAGGAGGUGGUGCCGAUGAUGUUGCGAUCAUUGUUGAGCCUUGGGAAGCUGCCCCAGCUGCGAGGCACGUUGUCGUGGAUGCCCGUUGACGAUGCGGCCGCCGUCUUUUGCGAGAUUCUUCUUGCGCUGCAUCCGCUGGCGCCGGUCUGCCAGGUGGAGAAUCCUAUCCGUCAGGCAUGGAGCGAUCUGUUGGACACAGUGGGCCCUGUUCUGGGGCUGAGCACGCGCAUUCCCUUCGACGAGUGGCUGGCUGCUGUGGUGGAAGCCGCCGAGACGGAGGGCUCCACGCGCAGGUACCCCGUGCUGAAGCUGAAGGCAUUUUUUGCACGGUUGUUCCAACCUGCCAUGAGGGCUGUGGAGGAUGAAGUGGUGCUGAAGUUUGUGCAGCACUGGAAGGACAUUGGCUAUUUUGCCUAA